UUUGACUACUGUCUCAACAAGCUGUUCAGCAGAGGCAAUGGAGACAUCAUUGAAGUCAGAGGAACCAUGUCCUAACCCUCCUCCCUACUUCCUACCAGUCCAGGGUAAAGGAGAUGACAUGAGCAUCUCUCCCUUCACUCCUCCUCCUGGUGCUAUGGGUGGUAGCUUCAUCAACCAGACCGCUACUGGUGGUGCCAGCCCCCCCAGGCAGAGGUUUGUCCAGCACUAUGAGACAGAGCUGGGUGAUUCUCCUGGUCUCAUCAGAUGUCCUUCCUGUCAGAACCAGGUGAUGAGUGAUGUCACUCACCACGCUGGAACCUUCUGCUGGACCAUGUGUCUGGUGUUCAUCCUCUGUGGGUUGUUGCUGGGAUGCUGUCUGAUCCCGUUUCUCUUCAGGAGUUUCAAGGAUGCCCAUCACACCUGCCCUCGCUGUCACAUGGUCCUUCACAUCCACAGGAAGAACUGUUGCCCCAUGAGCUCUGAACCCUCCUCCAUGAACCCCCGCCUAGGGUCAGGGCACCCCGGUCACGCCUGAUAUGGAGGGGUGUGUGUGUGUGUGUGUGUGUAUAUAAUGUGUGCAUCCCAAACGGAACUCUACUCCCUAUACAGUGCACAACUUUGCACUAGGCCCCAUAGGAGUAGGACCAUAGGGCCUGGCUCUGACUGAGAGUAGGGGAGACUGUAGCACGUCUGACACAGGGCUUAGUGCACUAUAUAGGGGAGACUGUAGCACGUCUGACACAGGGCUUAGUGCACUACAUAGGGGAGACUGUAGCACGUCUGACACAGGGCUUAGUGCACUACAUAGGGGAGACUGUAGCACGUCUGACACAGGGCUUAGUGCCCUAUAUAGGGGAGACUGUAGCACUUCUGACACAGGGCUUAGUGCACUAUAUAGGGGAGACUGUAGCACUUCUGACACAGGGCUUAGUGCACGAUAUAGGGGAGACUGUAGCAGGGUUUCUUAGUGCACUAUAUAUGGGAGACUAGCAGGGCUUAGUGCACUAUAUAGGGGAGACUGUAGCACGUCUGACACAGGGCUUAGUGCACUACAUAGGGGAGACUGUAGCACGUCUGACACAGGGCUUAGUGCACUACAUAGGGGAGACUGUAGCACGUCUGACACAGGGCUUAGUGCACUUUAUAGAGGAGACUAGCAGGGCUUAGUGUACUAUAUAGGGGAGACUGUAGCACUUCUGACACAGGGCUUAGUGCCCUAUAUAGGGGAGACUAGCAGGGCUUAGUGCCCUAUAUAGGG